AUGGCCGAUAUUGAAAAUUACAGAUCCUUAACACCACUAUCUACCAAUACAAAUGGCGGAGUCUCUACAGAAACAUACAGACGGAGGAUCCUGUUCGCACGAGUCAGCCACCUCGCAUGCGACAUUUUACCUGGUGAUUUAUUAGCCAAAUCGCUAGGAAAUACACCGGUUGAGAUUGCUUCAACCAUUCUGUACAAGUAUUUUUGGUCAGUACUGAUAUCUUUAGCAGAAAGCUCCGAUUCUUGUGCCAACAUGUAUUCUGUGAUUCCUAGCGUCAAUGGAGCUCAACCCAAGGCAAGGACAUUCUCAACGUUCUACAAAAAGAGGUAA